AUGCUCCUGUUUCUUUUUCCCCAAUGUGUCUGCAGGGAAGCCCCCUACAGAGUGCCCACAGCCAGCAGGUCCAGCAGGUCCAACAGGUCCAGCAGGUCCAGCAGGUCCAGCAGGUUCAGCAGUGGCCACAGGUCCAGCAGGUCCACAGGUCCAGCAGUCCAACAGGUUCAGCAGUGGCCGCAUAGGUCAGGUCCAGCAGGUUCAGCAGUGGCCUCAGGUCCAGCAGGUCCAGCAGUCCAGCAGGUCCAGCAGUGGCCACAGGUCCAGCAGAACGGACUCGGACUGAUGCCGGCGUGCCAAAGCCAAACGUUCCCCCAUGCCGGUCCUGGAUCUCCGACGACCCCCGCUCAGCAAGGGGGCCUGGCAUGUGGUCAGGCAGCUUCUCAGAGCAGCUGCAUGUUCAACCAGCACUUUUCCUCCGGUCCAGCGGGGGGCGACGUUCUAGCUCUCUCAGGGUCUGUGGGCCUGAGGGGGGCAGACGAGACUCUGGAUCAGAGUCCUCCUCAAGGUUCCUGCUACUUCCAGUGGAGUCACAGCGAGCCGGUGGUGGGGACGUCGGCCAUAAUCCAGGAGAACGCCAACAUCAGCCCUCUGACGGCUCCGCCCACCAUGCCCUCCUCCGAGCACGCUCUGCAGCACUUCCUGGACUGCCACAGACCCACAGAGGUCAACAUGUUCCACUCAGGAUGAAAGUCUCUGCAGAGCGCUCGGACGUCCUCGGCCUCCUGCUGGAGACGAUGAACCUGUCGGAGGAGGAGAGACGAGCGAUGCGUCUCUGCAGGAUCAGAUCCAGGAGGAGACGGACUCAAACAACAGGACUAUAUCUGCCUGAACAGAGCCGCCCCUCAGACUCUCACUCUGUGUUUUAUAUCACCAUGUAUCAUGAACUCUGUCCAGUCUGUCAUGUUUAAAGCUUGCCUUUAUUUUUUACCUGAAGACGCUCUUUAAUGAUAAUGAAGUAUAACGCCACACGACCAUCGUCAGGACGACGACCAGCCAAACCAAAGAAACACAUUAAAGGGAAACCAGCCAGCGUCCUCACACAGAGAGCUGCAUCUACAGACGAGCCUACACCUUCCUCUUCAUCUCUCUAAACUCAUCAUCAUCAUCAUCAUCAUCCUCAUCCUCAGAGUGAAUCCCUGAGAGCACACACAGCUUUAUAUUCACAGAUACUCCCUUUGUUAGAGGACGUCAUUAACUCAGGUUAAACAUGUGGAUCAGUUUGAUUCCUGCAGAAAGUUUCCCUUAAAGCAUGUCAGAGAUAAUCCUCAUGAUGAGGACCUGAGAGGAAACAUGGUCCAGACGUCUCUCCCUCAUAGACAGUCUCAGACCUGCAUGUAUAUUAACCCUGCAGUCUCUCUAACAGCCAGCAGGGGGCACACUCACUGUUUAUAAAAACAAUGAUCUCAUGUAAAGUCAUGAGAUUGAAUCCCAAUGAAUCAGGACUUGAUUUAACAGGCUCUCUUUAGAGAAGAAUAAGGCCUCAGCUUCUUCACUUCUUCUUCUUCAACACAGCGUGAAGAGGAUAAAAUAAUUCAGCCCUCUCUGGAGAGGAGUAAUCAGGCAGUGUGUAUGCACUGCCUCCUCCUCAUCAUAGGAUCCCCUCUGGAUGUGAAACAGAGUGUUUAACUUUCCAAAGUCCAUCCUCAAACCGCUGGAGGACGUCAGGACGUGAGGACGUCAGGACGUGAGGACGUGAGGACGUCAGGACGUCAGGACGUCAGUCAGGACGU